AUGUGGAGAUGGAAGCAGAAAAACUGCAUAUUUUAGGUUCUUACUUCUCAAUAUGAGAUAGAUAACUAAGAAAAUGAGAUGAUGGGAGAUGUGGAGAAAUAUUUUUAAUCUUCUCAUGCAAAUUAAAAGGAUAUCCCUAUGAUUCGAGUAUAUGAGGAUUCUGGCUCGGAUUUACCGCAAUCAGAUUAACCUUUUGAAAAUGGGGAAGCAGUCUUGGAUGAUUUAGGACUUGAAAAACUGAGAAUCUAAUCUGUUCACAGUGAUGGAAGAGCAACAUCUUGGAGCCACACCGAUGAUAACAAUUCUUAGAACAUGCAAUAUCUGAAAAGACCCAGAACCAGACAAUAGUUAAGCAACAAAAUUGUUGAAAGUAACUAGGAACUUUUUAAUGUACACUAUGCUAAAAGUCUUUACACAAGCAAAAUCAGUUAGUUGGUUGACAAACAGAUAUCAACUAACCCAAGAUCUAACAGAGUUUCGAAGAGUUAAUAGAAGGUUAAAAAAAAAUCAUCACAAUAGCUUAUUGAAACUUCAGAUUAAUCUGAAUAAAAUGAAUAAAAGAGUUUCUUAUAAUCAGGGGGUGAAAUGUCAGAAGACAGAUUAGCAAGGAAUAGAGUUGCUGCUAGGAAUUCAAGGGCUAGAAAGCGGCUGUAUUUUGAGUUGUUGGAAAACAAAGUGAAGGACCUAUAAGAUGAAAUUGAUCGGUUGAAUGAGCUUUGUUAAAAUUAGGCUAAAUAAAUAUAAAAGUAUAGAGAAUGCAAAGAGGAUGUAGAAAUUUAAAUAUUACCUCAGUAUUAGUUCAAAUUGGAAACCCAGAGAAAAUUAAUAGAAUAAUUAGAGGUGUGUUAAAUAAAGGAGGAAGAUUCAGAAACAACAAAAAUAGUUUUAGACUAACUGAAAGAAUGCUAAUUAAAUUCUGAAAAGAACACAGUUGGAUAUUAGUAUAUAGAAAACCUAUUGGAGAUUUUGUUACCCAUUGAAUUAAGAUAUAUUGCUUAUAGUUCUGAUGAAAAUAAAGACCUAUUAUCAGACUUUUAGGGGUCUUUUCUUGAAUGGACCAAAGAAACAUAUUAGCUUAUGGACAUUUAGAAGGAGUAAUUCAGAAAGAUAAGAAAACACAAGGAAAAGCUUAAUUGUGUCAAAAAAAAUAUCACAAGUUGUAUAAAUAAUCUUUACACUUCAGUAGGGACGAUAAUUAAUGAAACUUUGAAAGUAGAUUCAAUUUGGAAGGUAAUUUAUGAGAGUUUGGAGCCAUUGUAGCUGAGAUCCUUGCUUUUGACGAUUUAUUAAAAUAAACACAGAUCGGUUUUAGAUUGCAGCAAUUUGUUUAGCGAUUGUAAAUAUUUCAAAUAAAACUCAUAAAGCUAAAAUGAUUCAAACUGUUAACGGCCUGCAAAUCUAAGAUAAUAUGUGAAAAAAAAUAAUUGA